CCAGAGAAACCGGAAAUGUCAACCGAGUGACUGCAUUAUAUUUUCACUUUAUAAUACAUGAUGGAUUGCUAAUUUAAAGGAAGAAACCGUCAUAUAACAUCGUCAAAGAGCAAACUGCGAAUAUGACAAAUGUGUACUCUUUCGAUGGCAUCCUGGUGUUUGGGCUGCUGUUCAUCUGCACUUGUGCAUACCUCAAAAAGGUGCCUCGCCUCAACAGCUGGCUGCUGUCAGAGAAGAAAGGAGUCUGGGGCGUCUUCUACAAAGCUGCAGUAAUUGGGACACGACUCCACAUUGCUGUGGCGAUUUCCUGUCUGGCCAUGGCUUUCUACGUUGUCUUUUUGAAAUGAUCGAUUCAGACUAUACUGGAAAGAACUGGACGGGGACAGGAUGGGGAUAAGAUGGGGAUGGACUCAUCUCAGUGGCCAUGUGUUGAUCCUUGUUGUGGGACACUUUGAGGAUUAAGUGACCGAUGAAACCCCAUUGCCCUGUGGACCCAUGUGAAAAAUAGCCAGUGGUGCCCCCUUCUGGUGACUGGCUACAUAACUCCUCCCUUAAUAAUGUAUGUGCACUACAGACAUGAAGGGCAUCCUGAAUCUACUCACUCAGAUGAGAGAACCUGUUUGAUCACAUGGUAUCAUUCUGUUGUUGGGUAACACUGUUUGUUGUCUCCAUCCACACCCCAUACUUAUUUAUAUUGAAGGAUGCAGGAUCAAAUGGCAGUGUGUGUAUUCUACCUUAUACCUUUACACAGCCUAAAAUUAGCCUGGCUGUAUAUACAAUUUGAAAAAAAAUAUGACCAAUAGAGAUUUGCCAGAGAUGAAAAUUGAUCAAACUGAAAAUGAUCAGUUCUGCUUGCUCCUAGCAAUGCUGUUUUUUCUGUAUCACUUCUUCUGUCAAGGGUGGAGGGGAAGAUAAACAAAGCUAAUAUAUAAAGAUGAUCUUGUAUACACUAUAUUGUACUUUUUUUUUUUUUUUUUGGAUCGCUUCUCUUAACAGUACUGUUUGGCAUCUUCAACUUUGAAAUACACAUUUUACACUAGUAUAUGUUGUAUUUAAUUUUACAUCUAAUACUAGAUAACAUGUUGGUAAUGUCAUAAAUAGUUACAACUUGGAUUUUAAAUCACUUAGGAGUCAAAGUUGUACUACAAUUGUAGAAGUGUCACAGAGAGAAGAGUAUUAACUUUAAGAGGCAUAGCGCAACAUUUUGUAAAAAUUGGAUAGCUAUACCAGACCCGCUUGAAGAUUUAAAUGCAGUGCUAAAUAGGGAUGGUACUUCUCAUACCAUCUUAAUUGCAUACUGUUACUUUAGAGUUUAAUUCUUCCAUCUUAUUUUUUAUUACUAAAAAGAAGAAAUGAAACCGUUUUGGGAGGGGAUGCAAUGCAAUUUUGAGUAAAACCUUGAUGGGACAAUUUCUGUGUUUGUUGUAUUUAUAUAACAAAUGUUAGGUUACAAUUGAUAUACAGUGCCUAUACAAUGUAUUCACCCUAUUCCCUUCAAAGUUUUUCAUCUUUUCUUGUUUUACAACCUUGAAUCACAGUUGAGAGAGUUUCUUUUUUUUUGGCACUAAUCAUCAGAACACAUACAGAAAGAAAAACACCCUCAAAAUCAAUCCAAAAGAAGUACAAAUCUGAAAUUAUUGCUCUGAGUCUGUCAUAUAAGGAUAGAUCUUUAUCAGCUUGAACACCUGGACAGUGCAAUUUUUCCCCCACUCUUCUUGGCAAACCUGCUCAAGCUCUGUCAAGUCCCAUUAGAACUGAAUGAACAGCAGUUUUCAAGUCUGCCACCAACUCUGAAAUGAAUUGAGGUCUGGACUCUCAUUUUCGUCAUUCCUGGACAUCAACAUAAUUCUUUUUAAAGCCAUCUAUGUGACAGCGUUGUUUUUGUGCUGUAAAAUAAAUCAUCUCUCCUCAUCUCAAGUUUUCCUCCAAGAUGUGUGUCUAUUUCCCUGCAGUCAUUCUUCGCUCACUAGCACUCUGGGGACUGCUCCAGAAUAAACCCAGAGAAAAACCCCACAUCAAGAUGCUGCCCCCCACCAUGCAUCAUGGUGGGCAUUUUGUAUUUCUGCCGAAACUUUUUUUCAUUCUCCCACCUGUUUUCUGUCAAACAGACCAGAUGUCAUCUAAGUUAUUUCCCUUGAGGCUGCGACUGGUGAAGCACCAA